UCAGGCAGCAUUGGUGCUGCAGACAGUCCAGAGGACUGGAACAAAGUCUGGGACAACUGGAGGCUGCUGACAAUGGCUGGGAUAUUUGACUGCUGGGAGCCCCCAGAGGGAGGAGACCACCUAUAUUCCUACACCAUCAUCACAGUGGAUGCCUGCAAAGUCUUGAAUGACAUCCACCAAAGGAUGCCUGCCAUAUUAGAUGGAGAGGAGGCAGUCUCUAAAUGGCUUGAUUUUGGUGAAGUCUCAACUCAGGAAGCUCUGAAGUUAAUCCACCCUACAGAGAACAUCACCUUCCAUCCAGUCUCUUCUGUGGUGAACAGCUCCCGAAACGACAGUGUUGAGUGUCUGGCUCCUAUCGACUUAUCGGUCCAAAAGGAACUCAAGGCAAGAGGCUGCAGCCAGAAAAUGUUGCAGUGGCUGGCCACAAAGUCACCCAAAAAGGAAGACCCCAAAACACCCCAAAAGACAGAGUCAGAUGUGCGCCAGUUCCUGCCGAAGAGCCCAUCCUCAGUCAAGAGAAGCAGUGCAGUUCUCCUAGAGCAAUGGCUGAAGCAGGAGAAGGAGGAGGAGCCUGUGGCCAAGCAACUUCACAGCGAGUAAUGCAGGACUUUCAGAGACCAACGCCAGGUUUGCUGCACUGAGUCCUGUUGCUGAUUACAGGGUCUUGCAUGUGUGUGUAUGGAUUUGCUUUGGGAGGAGGUAGCAUAUUGUUAGUGGACAUUUGUGGGUUCCUGGGGGAGUGGCUAUUCUGGUUGUGACCAGGAACCCACUGUGGGGCAGAUAGGCAGCCUGGGAAGAGGAGGGGCCACCACCACAGGGGGCCUCUUAUGCCUGCAGCCUUCUCCUGCAGGACUUUUGGAGCCUUCCCUCGAAGCUUGACCCUGCUGGCAGUUCUAAGCCCUGACCUGACCUGAGCUGGUGCUGCUAGCGGAAGGCUGUUUUCUGCUCAACCUUUGAGCUCUAAGUUCUUUGGAAUUCAGUUCUUAAAACAUUGUUUUUUUAUGAAUAAAUUACAUUUGAUAAACUGCU